AUGGCCUGUGUCACCGGCACCUUGGUCUAUGGCAGCUCCAGGACCUCGCACCCCGAGACGGACAUCUUACACCGCCAGGCCUACGCGGCCCCCCACCCACUGCAAAGCUAUGCCACCAACCACCACCCAGCAGGCCUCUCCGGACUCUUCGACACUGGCCUCCACCACGCGGGCUCAGCAGGGCCCGACGCCUCCGUCAUGAACCUCAUCUCGGCCCUGGAGUCCCGGGGCCCCCAGCCCGGUCCCUCCGCCUCCUCUCUCCUCUCCCAGUUCCGCAGUCCUUCCUGGCAAACAGCUAUGCACACGCCAGGUCCCACGGAACUCUUCAUCUCGGGCGCCUUGCCGGGUUCCAGCACCUUUCCGUCCUCCUCUGCCCUGUCGGCCUACCAGCACCCAGCUUCCUUCGGCAGCCGCCCCUUCCCUGUGCCCUCGUCCCUCAGCCUCCAGGACCCCCCGUUCAGUCCUCCGGCUAACGGGCUCCUGUCCCCUCAUGACGUGCUGCACCUGAAGCCCUCACAGGCACCCACGGUGCCCUCUUCGUUGGGCUUCGAGCGCCUGGCAGGGGGCGGCGUCCUGGGGCCCGCUGGUCUCGGUCCAGCCCAGACCCCCCCUUACCGCCCUGGUCCCCCUGACCCACCGCCACCUCCCCGCCACCUCCCAACUCAGUUCAAUCUGCUGGCUUCCUCUUCUGCUGCUGCCGCCGCCGCCGAGCAGUCCUCUCCACAGCUCUACAACUUUUCGGGUGCUGCCCCAGGCCCCCCCCCACCGGAGCGGGCCCUGCCCCGCCAGGACACCGUCAUCAAGCACUACCAGCGGCCAGCCAGUGCCCAGCCCCCACCGCCUCCGCCACCAGCCCAUGCCCUCCAGCACUACCUGAGCUGUGGAGGCAGCUAUCCCUCCAUGGGCCACCGGGCCAACCUUGCCUGCAGCCCCCUGGGCGGUGGAGAGCCCUCCCCGGGUUCUGGGGAGCCUAGCAAGGCUGGUCCCAGUGGAGCCACAGCUGGAGCGUCAGGCCGGGCCACGGGUCCUGAGGCAGCUGGGGGAGGCGGGGCCGGGGGUGGCGGCGGAGGUUACCGUCCUAUCAUUCAGUCACCUGGUUACAAGACAGGCAAAGGUGGUUAUGGGGCAGCCGCCGGGGGUGCCACCAGGCCCCCACCACCCCGUUCGACUGCCACGCCCAAAUGCCAGAGUUUGGGUGGGCCGGCGGCAGCCUACGCUACUGGGAAGGCCUCUGGGGCUGGUGGGGCAGGGGGCCAGGCCUCCCCUGGCCAGCCGCAAGGGCUUCUGGGACCCCAGGCCUAUGGGCAAGGGUUUGGAGGGGGGCAAGCUCAGGACUUGAGCAAAGGCCCCAGCUACUCAGGGGGUCCCCCGCAGCCCCCCAGUGGCCCCCCACCUCCUGGCCUCACCACAUGUCAGAGCUACUCCCCAGAUCAGCUACAGGGGCAGCUGUAUGGGGUGCAAGGCGAGCCGUACCCAGGGCCAGCCGCCCACUCCCAGGGGCUGCCUACAGCCAGCCCCUCACUCAGCUACAGUACUGGCCACUCCCCAGCACUCUCGGGCCACGGAGGUGGCUGGGGACCCAGCUCCCUGGGAGGCGGUGGGGAGGCCAGCCCCUCUCACAUCAUUCGCCCUCUCCAGUCUCCACCUGCCCCCGGCCGCCCGCCCGGAGUUGGCUCCCCGGGAGCCCCGGGCAAAUACCUGAGCUCCGUCUUGGCCUCAGCCCCGUUCCUGGCGCCCCCAGGAGCCGGCAGCUAUGCGGCCGGAGCGGGCGGCUACAAGGGCAAAGGGGAUGGCUCCGAGCUGCUGGCAGGCCCAGGAGGGCCUCCCGCCGAGCGCACAGAGGAUGAGGAGUUCCUCAUCCAGCACCUCCUGCAGGCUCCCAGCCCCCCUCGGACCUCAGGGGCAGAUGGCUUGGUGGGCGAGAAUGGGGCAGCAGACGCCUCCAAGGGACUUGGGGGCAGCGGUGGGGCCGGGGGACCGCCGGGCACACCCUACGAGUUGGCCAAGGAAGACCCCCAGAGGUACCACCUGCAAAGCGUCAUCCGCACCAGUGCCAGCCUGGACGAGGGUGCCACAGCAGCACUCGAGCUGGGCCUGGGGAGGCUGAAGGAGAAGAAGAAAGGGCCGGCCUCUGCCUCCAUGCCAACCGAUGGGGCCAAGAAGCCUCGGGGCCGGGGUCGAGGCCGGGGCAGGAAGGCCGAGGAGGCGGGAGGCACCCGGUUGGAGCCCCUGAAGCCACUUAAGAUCAAGCUGCCUGUGCCCAAGGCUGGCGAGGGUCUGGGAGCCUCAUCGGGUGACGCUAUAUCAGGCACCGACCACAACAGCCUGGAUUCAAGCCUGACUCGGGAGAAGAUAGAGGCCAAGAUCAAGGAGGUGGAGGAGAAGCAGCCUGAGAUGAAGUCGGGCUUCAUGGCUUCCUUCUUGGACUUUCUCAAGUCGGGCAAGCGCCACCCACCGCUCUACCAGGCGGGCCUGACGCCCCCACUCAGCCCCCCCAAGAGCGUGCCACCCUCGGUGCCAGCCCGAGGCCUGCAGCCGCAGCCCCCAACUGCCCCCUCCGUGCCACAUCCACCUCCUGCUGGCGCCUUCGGGCUGGGGGGCGCCCUGGAGGCUGCAGAGAGUGAGGGGCUGGGGCUGGGCUGCCCUUCACCCUGCAAGCGGUUGGAUGAGGAGCUGAAGCGGAACCUCGAGACGCUGCCCUCUUUCUCCUCGGAUGAGGAAGACUCGGUUGCCAAGAACCGGGACCUGCAGGAGAGCAUCUCCUCAGCCAUCUCCGCCCUGGACGACCCUCCCCUUGCUGGGCCUAAGGACACCUCUACCCCGGAUGGGCCGCCCUUAGCCACCGCAGCUGCAGUCCCGGGGCCACCCCCUCUCCCGGGGCUCCCCAGUACUGGUAGCAAUGGCACGCCCGUGCCCUCGCCUCCACCACCACCCCCACCAGCCGCUGCUCCGCCCACUGCGCCUCCAGAGGAGCCUGCUGCCCCGUCCCCUGAGGACCCUGAGCUACCUGAUGCCCGGCCCCUGCACCUGGCCAAGAAGCAGGAAACAGCAGCUGUGUGUGGGGAGACGGACGAGGAGGCGGGGGAGAGCGGCGGAGAGGGCAUCUUCCGGGAAAGGGACGAAUUUGUCAUCCGCGCCGAGGACAUCCCUUCCCUCAAGCUGGCAUUGCAGACGGGACGAGAGCCCCCACCCAUCUGGCGCGUCCAGAAGGCUCUACUGCAGAAGUUCACCCCGGAGAUUAAGGACGGCCAGAGGCAGUUCUGCGCCACCAGUAACUAUUUGGGGUAUUUUGGGGAUGCAAAAAAUCGGUACCAGCGCCUCUAUGUAAAGUUCCUGGAAAAUGUCAACAAGAAGGAUUACGUGAGGGUCUGUGCUCGGAAACCCUGGCACCGGCCCCCAGUGCCAGUCAGACGCUCUGGGCAGGCCAAGAACCCCACAUCUGCCGGGGGCAGCUCUGCACCUCCCCCUAAGACCCCA